CUAGGAAACGAUGUCAACGGUUCCUAGGUUGGCACUCGAAUGGCAAACACGAUCAGUCGUGUUUGGAAAGCUGGCAGAUGGUGAGCCGAGCCAAUGAUGGUGAGGCGUCCGUGCCAAUAUCCCUGUGCUAUACGCACAACACUCUGACACGAUGGGACGAGUCAAACUAUUAGACACGGUCGUCCCGGAUGCGCUACACCUGCGGCGCGGAUGCCGUUGACUUCCUGCAGGCCGAGGGCCGCUAUGAAGAGGCGUGGCAACUGGCCGACGGGAUGGUGGAUUGUGUGCGCGCCGUUUAUCCGGAGUACCAUCUAAGCCGGGCGCGCUUCUUGGUGAGGACGGCGGUGUUACCGUACUUGUGGAAACGCAGCGUGGAUGAAACAGAGCAGCAACGCCUGGCGCCGGUGUACCGUGAGGCCCUACCAAAAGCGCUGGGAUGGCUGUGGGAGGCCGUCAUCAUCUACCGGAAAGUGAGCGGAGAGGAUUCGGUGUGGCCGUGUGGGCGCAGGCGGUGGUCGAUUUCAUCCGCAUCCAUGCACCGGGCGAAGUCAGCGCGUCGGAAAGCACAGCCGCACCAACAGCGCGUAAGACUAACUGGGACUGUAACAAACCAGAUGCGGUUGCUAAUUGGUAGAAAACGAUUGGUGUAAAUUGUUGUGGAAGUUGAGGCGGAUUUGAUUGGGUUUGAAUGGCGUUUUUGUGGUGUGAUAUGCAAAUACCCCCGAAAAUCUUGCGCCUAUUUCGAUUAUGUUCCUAAAUAGCUUUAGUUCUUUUGUUAAGGAUUUUAUCGGCUCUUUGAUUUCGUUGUAAUCAUUUGCUAAAUCUCGGAGAGUUUUAGCAUGGUGUGUACCUUUGGUUUUAGUAUCCGUUUAUGCAGAAGUACAGAUCUGUACCGGCCAGGAUUUGUACAAGAUUUUCUUGACAAAUAAUUCUGCGAUUCGUGUACAUGUUCUGUAUACUGUAGUAACACGCAAGAUGCUGCUGCGGCUUUUUCGAUUUUUUCUAAAUCGAGUCAUUUACCAAUUUUUUCCUCAUUUUCACUGAACCAUAUUUUUUAUCAGCAUUCGACAAUUUUUCCAUUAAAGUAGA